AUGUCGAUGUCGUGCCUGCUGCCACAGUUCAAGUGCUCGCCAGACACUUUUGCUGUUAACUUCAAGUUGCAGAGCCAUUCUUCUGCGCACUUCUCAAGAAAGAGAGAUGCCGUCAAUUUCCAGGCACAAUGUAUCUUAUCUGUUGCAUCAGCUCCAACACUGACUUCAUCAACUACACUGCUAGAGCUUGAGGAGCUUCAGUUAUCGCCAUUUGAAGCUAUUCCGAAUUCUGUACCUGCUGAUAGACCAUGGGCAGCAGAAACUUCAGCAUCAAAAGAUGUGAUACUUGACUUGGAGAAGUUGUCUUCUUUAGAUACUCAUCGAAUUAAUAUUGCUGCAAACAACCCAUUACCAUUUACUGGAUCAAUUGGACCACUUUCUGAGGUAAGUCUUGGAGCAAAUUUUAAUCGGGAGACUAUUCUUACAAGUGAAGAGGCCAUCAUCAAUGCUGCUGCAUCCGAAGCCCUUGCUUUAGCUAAGGCUGCUCUAAGGGUAGCAAAAGAUGCAGCAAUGAUGGUCGGACACCGUAAAUCAAUAAAGUCUGAUAGUGCCAAAUUAGAAACUUUACCUGAAGUAGUUACAACAAUGAUUGGCAAUAAUCAUUUCUCAGAAAGAGUAAAUUUCGGAGAAUCCAAAGUUACCGAAAUAGGGUUAGGGGAAAAUUAUUCGGCCUCUCAACCUAUUGAAGGAUCUGAUUAUGUGGACCCUAGUGCAGAGGAACUUGAAUUUCUUGAGGCACAACUCGCCAAGAGCAUAGCUGUUAGGUCAACUCGCCAAAAAGAGAGAAAGGCCAGAAGAAGUCGGGUGGACAGUAAGUCGGCCGCCAACACUGUGCCCAUGAAAUCUGGUUCGUUGAGCCGGAAGAAGCGCUCUUCUGUGCAGGAAGUGAAUUAUUCAGAUCCCCUGCGUUACUUGAGAGGGAUCGCGAGCAAUUCUAAGCUGCUUACUGCUUCUGAAGAGCAGGUGUUGUCAGAAGGCAUUCAGGUUCUACUAAAUUUGGAAAGACUUCGUGAGGAGUUCUCACAGCGUUGUGGUGGUGAGCCUACUUUUACCCAAUGGGCUGCUGCUGCUGGUGUUGAUCAGAAAACUUUGAGGCAGCAAAUAAAGUACGGUGUACAUUGUAAGGAUAAAAUGGUAAAGAGCAACAUACGUCUAGUUAUUUCCAUUGCAAAACAUUAUCAGCGAGUUGGAUUGAGUCUUCAAGAUUUGGUUCAGGAAGGAUGUCGAGGCCUUGUCAGAGGUGCAGAGAAAUUUGAUGCGUCAAAAGGUUUCAAAUUCUCUACCUAUGCUCACUGGUGGAUAAGGCAAGCGAUACGGAAAUCCCUCUCUGAUCAGUCAAGGACAAAUAGACUACCCCACCACAUAGUCGAGGCAAGUUAUAAAGUGAGAGAAGCAAGAAAGAAACUGUACAGCGAAAAAGGUAGACUACCAGAUGACGAAGAAGUUGCUGAGGCCACGGGGCUUUCCGUGAAACGGUUAUCAGAAACAAUUGAAUACACCCAGCUGAGCUGA